AUGGAGAAUGGCAUCAGCCUCAAGCUGAGGAUGACUGAUGACCCAACUUGGAAUCUACAGAGGAAACCUCUGCGGCUCAUCGCCGCUGCGUGCAACAACAUGGGAAUAGGACAAAAUGGACAGUUGCCAUGGCAUUUACCGACAGAAUUCAAAUUAUUUUUGGACACUACCACAAAUGUCUCCCAACCAGUCCCGGAGCAUGCCCACUUCCUCUGUCAGGAUUUCGACAGUGGUGUCGGCCUGGCCUUGCUGCAACCCCUCUGUGACCUGAUGGAGACUAUCUGGAACGCCCUGAUGCAUCCCUGGUGUCACCUUGUCUAUCUCACUGACAACGUGGCUGACUUCCACUGUGAUGUCUUCUUCCCGCAGUUUGACCAAAGCAUUUUUAGAAAACAAGAGAGGUUUCCUGGAGUACCAAAUGAGAUUCAAGAGGAGAAUGGGGUUACAUUUCAAUUUGUAGUUUUCAAGAGGGAGAUCUGUGGAGCUGAAUAA